CGGAGGGCCGCUAGUUCAGAAGCAAGCCUCAAUUCAAGGAUGAGCUACAACAAGGAACGGAUUGAUAUCCUCAUCACGGGGACACAUAGAACAGGAAAAUCUAUGCUUGUUGAAGCUCUCGUAGGUAAAUCUGUAACGAAGACAGGCAGCCAAUUAUUACGCGUCGGGUCGAAUAAUGUGACAGAAUACGAAGCGAAAAUGGAAGAGAUGGAGGUUGUGGUGUGGAGGUCGACAGGUCUCCGGGACGGCUCGGGAAAGGAGGAAGCAUAUCUCGCCAAGCUGAAGGAAAAGUGCAGCAAUGUUAGCACCGUCAUAUAUUGCAUCGACAUCUCAGCUACCAGCCCCAGUGCUGCAGAGAAAGCGCUUUCCGCGAUAAAGAAGCUAACAUCGACUUUUGGCUCUAAGUGGUGGAAGCGCUCCAUAUUCGUCAUGACACGUGCAAACGUACUGGAAACAGCAAAACCAGAUGUCGAGAAGAGGUUCAACGAUAGACUGCAAGAUUGGAAAAAGCGAAUUCAUGCCACAUUGAUCGAAACCGGUGUGCCAGAAGAAGUAGCUUACAAAAUACCAGUAGAGCCAGCCGGACAUCCAAAGAAGCCGCGCCUCCCUGGUCGAGAGAAUUGGCUCAGUGCACUCCGGCGUGUUAUCCUGACAUCUGCGUCACUCCCGUCGACAACAGACGAAGCUGAUAUACCGCAUCAGAAACCGGUGGACCAACGUUUAAACCUGCAAGGCUACGAACUGCCACGCAAAAAGUGUAAGGCAAGCCAUGACCUACUACGCAAAGGAAACACGGAAGGCCACGAGGCCCCGCCCGGAGAAGCGGAAGCGCACGAACACCAACGAGAAGAGGAAAAUGAACCACCAUUCGAAGUGGGUAUGGUCAUGGAGGUAAAUGAAGUCCUAGCUGGAGAG